CACUCUGUGCAAACCCUUUGGAUGCAGAAAAUUACAGUUUGGCAAGGUGACGCUUUCCGCUGGGCUAGUGGGAGACAGUUUACAAGCUCAGCGGACCUUAGACCUAAGUGCCAGAUGAAGAGGCCUUGGAGGGAAAACAACGAGAAUUCCAACUCCAACAGCCACAAUCCGCUCUCGGCGUCAAUGAACGGGAAUAAGACAGUUCUGGGGAGCUCAGAGGACGAGAAGACGCCGUCAGGAACCCCGGAUCACACCUCCUCCAGCCCCGCGCUGCUGCUCAGUUCCAAUCCCGGGCUGCAGCCCCUUCACAGCCUGGGCCACCCCCAGGGCCCCAGCGCCAUCCCCGUGCCCAGCGCCGAUUCCAUGCACCACCACAGCUUGCAGGACUCCAUUCUCAACCCCAUGUCAUCUAACUUGGUCGAUCUGGGCUCUUAAAACCAUGUACACGCUCCCUCCUUCGCGCCAGACCUCCUUUACUCUUUUUUUUUUUUUUUUUUUUUUCCUUAAUCUUACGAGGGACUUGGAAAGCAAUGACAAACACCUUAAUGGAUGUAUUGUGCCCUUUGGCAGCAGGCUGGCUGCAGGUUUGCAAGGCAGUGGACUCCGCUGCGGGUAGCUGAUGUUGUGAAAUGCCUUAAGGGUUGCUUACGGGCGUUUUCAGGCGAGUAAGGACUGUUGGAAAGGAGCCGUGAUUUCCACGGCAGGCUGUAAGGCUGAUCGGUGCAGCAGCUCGUUUCAGCCUUAACUUCACAAAUCCCUCAGUGGUGUCACUCGAUCGGGCCGGUCUGUGUGGGAAGAGGCACACUGUAAUAUUUUUAUUUUUUUCGGGGGGUGGGGAAGAAAGGGGGAAUGCAAGGCUGCUCUUGCCUGUUUGAAAGUUACACAUCGCUCCCGUUAUUCUAUUGUAGUUAUGUAUCCGUGGCAGAUGUACGAUGUACAAUUUCAACUAAAAAUACAAAAGUUGUAGUCAAGAUAUAGCAGCAACACGCGCUCUAGGCAGACUCUGUAACCUUCUUGUAGCUGAUGCUAUGCAGAGAGACAGCUUCUUUGGCCUUGUCCAUGUGGUGCUUUCGCCAUUUGCUGGGUGGGAAAGGAAGUGAUGGCCCGGCUCCGGCACGAAGGAAGGCAGAGGUAGAUUUUCCCUCGGUGUGCAAUGCGGGCUGGAGCGGGCUUUAAAAAGAAAACAGGAAUUGCUGCUCAAGUUUAGACCUAAACGACAGUAUCAACCGCAAGUCGCUCACCUUAGUUUUGUUUAUUGUUUAUAUUAUGUGAAUACAUUCUUUGGAAAAUAUUUCUGCUUUUAUUUUAUAAUAAAAUUUAGAAAUC